UGACAAACAGGAAGUGAGAACCGCUGCUGAAAGCCCCAUUGGGGGCGGCACUACGAGAAGGGGAAGUGUGAACAGCAGCAGCAUCAGCAAAGAUUGCAACACUGUCAGAACGCAGACAGACUAUUCAGAUACAGAUUAUUCUUCAAAGCAGGUCUGGUCAGAGGGUGUCACAUUAUGGCUCAACGAUGUCUCAAGUUUUUAAAAUACACCAUGUGUGUCGCCAACUUCCUUUGUUUUUUGUGCGGCGUGGCGGUUCUGGGCUUUGGUGUGUACAUGUUGAUGAAAUUCAGGAUGGUCGCACUCCUCCCCAGCCUGGCCAGUGUCAACAUUGCCAACAUGCUGCUGAUCAGCGGCAUUGUCAUCACCUGCGUGUCCUUCCUGGGGUUCCUGGGUGCUCUGAAGGAGAACCGCUGUCUCCUCCUGAUGUAUUUCCUGCUGCUGUUCCUUCUGAUGCUGGUGGAGCUGACCGCAGCAUGUCUGCUACUCUGGUACGGGGAACAGCUCUCUGGAGUGAUAACAGAAGAUCUCAAAAAGAGUUUGGAAGUUGCCAAAGGAAGUACUGGAAAUCAAACACUGAGUGAGUGGGAUCUGCUUCAGAAAAACUUUAACUGCUGUGGAGUCACAAAUGUGACAGACUGGGAGCCAAAGGUGCCGACAUCUUGCUGCCUGGGAGAAUGCAGCAUCCCAAAGCCUCAUUACAAGGAAAAGGGUUGUUUGGUAACAAUGACGACCUUGUUCGAGGACAAUUUCCUUACCACUGGAAUUUCCGUCAUCGUCCUCUGCAUGAUUGAGGUUUUGGGGAUGUGUUUCGCCAUGACGCUCUUCUGCCACAUCAGUCGAUCUGGACUGGGCUACAAGAUGUAGAUCAAUGGAAGGCAAACAGUGGCCUAUGGACCAAAUUAGGCCCCCUCAGAAAAAUAUUUGGCCGUUCAAAGAGAGCUGAACCUUUUGCUUUAUUAUUCACAAAUCUACUAUAGGUAAAUGUAAAUAACUGUUGAUUAAAUGAUGGCUCUUUUCCGUGGCGACAAAAACAGUCUUUUUUUUAACCAUAAAGGGCAACGGUCUCUAUGCUAAGUUUUAAAAGGUCAUCAGUAACAAUUUUCAUCUCAUUGUGUCAGAAGCAUGUUUGAAUUUUUUUGACACAGCGGUGACCACUGCAUUGUGUUCCAUUUUUACUUGACUAACUUUCUCAUGUACUCGAAAGUAAAGCUAAAAAUAUUUCAUACGUGAUCCAGAUCACUGGGUCGGAUGAGAUAAGGCUGUGUUAAAUGCUAUUUGUGUCUGUGCAGUCAAACAUCUACACUUAUAUUUCAUAAGGAAUAAUUGUUUUGAACAAUAUAAAUCUACAUCUCGUUAUUUCACUGACAAAUUUGAUCAAACCUAUAAAAUACCAAUAAAAUAUAGUUUACAGUAUUAAAUGAUACCGUAGCCUCCAUUUUGAGGCAUCUA